GCCACACCCCGCAAAAAUCCCCAAACAGAUUGCUAGUAGAUCACUCCCUUUCUCUCUCCUCCCCGCCUUUCUCUCUCUAGACUUCUCCCAAUCAAUCCGCACCCACUCGAGUCACCCACCACCAUGUCCGGCCUCCUCCGGUGGAGGCGCCUCGCCGGGGCCGCCACGCGCGCCGCGUCCACCCUCACCGCGGCCGAGUGCUCCCCGGCAGCAGCAGGCGCCGCUGGUGGCGCCGCCGCGCCUCUUCCGCCGCCGCCGCACAGGCGCCUCCAGGAGCGGCGCAAGUGGGAGUCCUCCUCCUCGGGGGGCAGCUCGUCGUCGUCCUCGACCGACGAGCCCGAGCCGCGGCGCAUCCGCGCGGAGGCCCACUGCCCGCGCUGCUCCAAGCACAUGGACAUCCUCUUCUCCCACCGGGGCCCGCCGGCCGCGGGCGCCGGCGGAGGGUACCAGGCGCUCAACCUCUGCCCCAACUGCCGCAGCGCCUACUUCUUCCGCCCGCACGACCUCGCGCCGCUCCAGGGCACCUUCGUCGAGAUCGGACGCGUCCGGGCCGACAUCUUCGACCACCCCGCCGCGAGGGCCAGGGACCCCUCCUUCUGGGAGGCUAUCAGGGCGAGCUCCUCGUCGCGCGACGACGGGGACGGUGGGGGUGUGGCCGUGCACGUGCCGCCCGGCCCGCCGUUCCACCCCAACCUUAACGUCGUCCGCGUCGCCGGCGGAGGCGGCGGAGGGGGAGGUGGCGGGAGCGCUGGUGCCGAGGAGGGAGCCGGGAAGGAGGGGUGGGGCGGUUCCAAUUUGGGGAAGGAUCUGCCCACGCCCAAGGAGAUUUGUAAGGGGCUCGACAAGUACGUGAUUGGGCAGGAUAGAGCCAAGAAGGUGUUAUCUGUCGCAGUUUACAACCACUAUAAACGGAUAUACCAUCAAUCUUUACAAAAGGGGUCUGGGGCAGAUUCGGGUGGUUUUGAUGGGGAAGCUGAUGAUGACGACAAUGUGGAACUAGAGAAAAGCAAUGUACUGUUAAUGGGACCUACUGGCUCAGGUAAAACUUUACUUGCAAAGACAUUAGCUCGCUUUGUGAAUGUACCAUUUGUAAUUGCUGAUGCGACAACAUUGACCCAGGCAGGGUAUGUAGGAGAAGAUGUAGAAUCUAUACUGUACAAGUUACUCGCGGUCGCAGAUUUUAAUGUGCAAGCAGCACAGCAAGGAAUGGUGUACAUUGACGAAGUUGAUAAGAUUACAAAGAAGGCUGAGAGCCUUAACAUUAGUAGAGACGUGUCGGGUGAAGGUGUUCAGCAGGCAUUGCUGAAAAUGCUGGAAGGCACGAUAGUCAACGUUCCUGAGAAAGGAGCAAGGAAGCAUCCUCGUGGUGAUAAUAUACAGAUAGAUACGAAGGACAUUCUUUUUAUAUGUGGUGGUGCUUUUGUGGACUUGGAGAAAACUAUAUCUGAGAGACGCCAGGAUUCAUCUAUUGGCUUUGGGGCACCAGUCCGUGCAAACAUGAGGGCCGGUGGUGUUUCAAGUGCUCAAGUGACAUCAUCCUUGUUAGAAUCAGUUGAAAGUGGUGACCUAAUAGCGUAUGGACUUAUCCCGGAAUUUAUUGGACGUUUUCCUAUCCUCGUCAGCUUAGCUGCUUUAAAUGAGGACCAGCUUGUUCAGGUUCUCACGGAGCCAAAGAAUGCUUUGGGUAAACAAUUCAAGAAAUUGUUUAGCAUGAACAAUGUGAAGCUUCAUUUUACAGAUGGGGCUCUUAGAAUAAUUGCCAAAAAGGCAAUGUCCAAAAAUACGGGUGCUCGGGGGUUAAGAACUAUCCUUGAGAAUAUUCUCAUGGAUUCCAUGUAUGAGAUUCCAGAUACAAAAUCUGGGGAGAAGCGGAUCGAUGCAGUGGUUGUGGAUGAGGAUGCAGUAGGAUCAGUGGACCAACCUGGCUGCGGAGCCAAGAUCCUUUACGGUGAUGGUGCCUUGGAUCAAUAUCUCUCCCAGAUCAAAGCGUCCGGAGAUGGAGCAGGAAACGAAGUGGAUGGAGAAGCUGAGCUUUCGGCGUCGAGAGCCAUAGGCAUGUGAUACUUGGUUCUGACAGCUCUAGUGUAACCUGUAAAAUAUAAUCCUAAUUGUAUCGAUGUAAGUAUUAGCCUUGUAAAUGAAACAGAAUGUGCAGCUCCCAUUGUUCCUCGAGCCCCCGGCACGCGCUGCCUGGCCGCUCUCACGCCUUGCACAAAUUGCAGCAGCCGAGCAUGUUCAGUAUCUAUGCCGUACAGAGACUGUCAUAAUGUCAUUGUGCUGAUGAGUUGUAAUAGCUGCUGGAUGUUAAAACUUGGAACAACGGAAUGCAAGUGAUAAGGGGGCAUGGAGGUGCAAAAUGGUGUUGGCCGACUCU